CCAACGGGGGGCUAUCAUCAAUAAGCAGUGUUAUCGACAGCAUGAGGAGCACUAUUUGUUGCUGCACAACAAACUAAAAUCUCCAGUGACCCGUUAGGAUUAAUUACCAACAGGAUGGCAGACAACGCCAACAGUGACGACGAAUUCCAAGACGCGAUCGGCGAGGAGAUCACCGAGAAGGAGGCAACCAGCACGCGGCUGAGCGAGAAGGAUGUGGACGAAAUCGUGGAGAAGCAGAGCCAACUGGCACUGGAUGACGAAGCGGAGCAGGGUGCGGCUGGCGGGGAUUGCUUAGUGACACCGCCGAGCGUGGACUCAGAACUGUCCAUCGAGGAGCUGCGCGAACGGGAAAAGAAUUUAAGCCCCGAGCAGCUGACGGCGAACAAGGAAAAGGCUGACAAACUGAAGCUGGACGGCAACGAGCUUUUUAAGAACGACGAUCCCGAAGGCGCCGCCAGGACCUACACAGAAGCCCUGGACAUCUGCCCCUCAGACAGCACCAAGGAGCGAGCUGUGCUCUAUGGGAACAGGGCAGCUGCCAAGAUAAAGCUGGAGGCCAACAAAGCGGCCAUCGACGACUGCACAAAGGCCAUAGAACUGUGGCCGGAGUAUGUGAGAGUGCUGCUAAGGCGCGCCAAGCUCUACGAGCAGGUCGACAAACCCGAUGAGGCUUUGGAGGACUAUAAAAAAGUGGCUGAAAUCGAUCCCGGGCAGCAGGAGGCACGAGAGGCUCAGAUUCGUCUUCCGCCUAUUAUUAACGAGCGAAACGAAAAACUCAAGACCGAGAUGAUGUCCAGCUUGAAGGAUUUGGGCAAUAUGAUACUCAAACCCUUCGGCCUGUCCACACAGAAUUUCCAAAUGCAACAAGAUCCCAACACGGGCUCGUAUUCCAUAAACUUUAACCAAAAACCAAGCUAGUUGAAAGUCAACCCGAAUAAAAAAUAAAGCUGUUUUCGAGGAUGAUGUAGAAAAUAGCAGUUUAGCCGUAGAAAGUCGUGACCAAGUCACCAUACAUUUUACACAUAUUUCAAUAGAAAGAUACGCAUUUUAAUCACAAUCAGGUUACUACAAAUUUGCGCCUAAGAUCACCUGAUAAUAUAUAAUUUUUCUCAGAUUUUUGCUUUCAUUAUUUUACAAUGUGCAUGUUGUGAUAUGCAGUAAUGUAUUAGGUUCCUUUCGGACUUAAACCUGUCUUAAUUAUUAAAUGUUAUGGAUAAUUAAAA